AUGCCCUGCCCUUGGUCCCGUCGCUGCAGAGCAGCCUCAGAGAACGAUGCCUCGCCUGUUACUACUGAUAGCCUACCAUCUCCCACGACGGCCACGGAUGUCGAUGAUUGGAAGAAGAUACGAAAGGAACAUCUACGUACAAUGAGGAGAUCAGUCAGGCACAUCGUCCUGCUUAUGGCCUUGAUGGAAGCCAUUCGUGUUGGACCGAUCCAGCUCGUCUUUACAGGCAAACACGGGUUCCCCGACGCAGGCCAGGACGACUUUGGUAUCGCUUACAAUGUCGGCUACUUCCUCAGCUGGUUAUACCUAUGCGCCUUUAUGGUCGUCUAUGUCCCACUCUUUAGCUGGUGGCUACCCAACUUCAACUCGUCCUCCGAAGCCGAUCGUAGCAAGCCCUACUAUGGCAGCAGCCUGGUCAAAGUCCUUACUCAGAUCAACAUGGUUCUCCUCCCACUAUCAAUUGGCUUAACUUUGAUUACCUAUGUUUUCUACGGAAUCUCUGCCUUGGUGUACGUCGACUCCCGGCCCAAGAACAGCAUGAGACUUCCUAAGAACACCCGCAAGAACUGGCUCGUGCGAUUGUACAUGCUGGUCGGCAUUGCGAUGACUACUUCACUUGGAUACAGCGCCUUUAACAUCCUGGCAAACUUCGAUCUCGCUCACGUCAAGACAUAUGAGUAUGUUAUCAUUGUGGUCCCUGUUCAGAUCAAUCUGGGCAUCCUCCUUGGUACAGUCAUGCAGUUCAAGAUGGACAAGAGACUGGCUCGCAAGGAACAAGCUUUCAAGAAAGUCGAGACUGAGAUCAGCACUGCCGCUGCUGACGAGAAGGCUGCACUUCUCGAGCAGGAAGUUUAG